AAUAAAAACAUGCCUCCCAUUGCCCAGGAAGGCAAUUGCCUUAUCUACCGUGGAAGUAAUUUCUUCAAACAACGUCUAAUACUUGCGGUAUUGAGUGGAAAACCUGUGAAAAUCACACAAAUUCGAUCUGACGACGAAGCCAACCCGGGAUUGCGUGAAUAUGAGAUUGGUCUCAUCCGUCUGUUGGAUAAAUUGACAAAUGGUACAAAAAUUGAAUUGAAUCCUGCCGGUACCUCGGUGAUGUUUGUACCCGGUCUACUACAUGGUGGACAAUUGCAUCAUGACUGUAGCUGUCAACGUAGUAUUGGCUAUUAUUUGGAUGUACUGAUUGCUUUGGGACCAUUUUGCAAGGUACCCCUCAACGUGACAUUGCGUGGCAUUACGAAUAGCAAAGAUUCGCCGUCAGUGGAUCACAUUAAAGGUGCAGCUAUAUCGGUGCUGAAACGUUUCUUGAUUGUUGAUGAAGGCCUCGAAUUGAAAGUGGUAAAGAGAGGUGUCGCCCCCUUGGGUGGUGGUGAAGUUCUAUUCAAAUGUCCAGUACGUAAAACCCUGCGAUCUAUACAAUUCCUCCAACAAGGAAUGGUAAAACGUAUACGAGGUACUGUCUAUGCCUGUAAAGUGUCACCGGCCAUGGCCAAUCGUACUGUGGAAGCAGCAAAGGGUGUUAUGCUGAAAUUCUUACCGGAUGUUUAUAUUUAUACCGAUCAAAAUCGUGGUAAAAUGUCUGGAAAUUCACCGGGAUUUGGUAUAUGUCUACAUGCUGAGACCACUGAUGGUGUGGUCUUUGCAGCCGAAGUAAAUUCCCAUACAAAAGAUGAAGCGGGAGAAAAAGAUCCCUCAGUGCCGGAAGAUAUGGGCAAGGAGGCGGCACUACGUUUACUCGAUGAAAUCUAUCGUGGUGGUUGUGUAGAUUCUGCCUAUCAAUGGCUUGUGGCGUUAUUUAUGACAUUGGGUCAGAAAAAUGUGUCGAAGUUUAUGACGGGUCCAUUGUCUGCAUACACCGUUCACUUUUUACAACAUUUAAGAGACUUCUUUUCAAUUACCUUUAAAUUGGAGAAUCCUGAAACCGAAGAUGAUGACGAUUCUGUUGCUGGUGCCCAAAAGGUACUGAUGACAUGUGUGGGAAUUGGUUAUACAAAUAUUAGCAAACGAGUUAUAUAAAAUUAAAUUAAUUGUUCCAAUUGUUAAAC